CCCGCGCUCCUCCUCCGUUCGUUCACUCUCUGGCGAAGAUGGCGGACGGCGAAAAUAAACGGGCCGAAGCCGCCGACGCCGCCGAGCCGCUCCCGAAGAGACCGAGACGCGCGGAGCCGCGCGGGGAUCCGGAGCACGACGAGGCCGGCGGGACGGAGCCGGUGGAGGAGGAACCGGCGGCGGCGGCGGACGAGUCCUGUCAUCAGGCCUCGCUGAACAACAACAACAACAACAACCUCACCGAACCAGAACCAGAACCCGAGCCCGAGCUCCCCGACCUGACUGAAGAAGGCGUCCACGCCAACGGUUUCACGUCUCCUGAUCUUCUUCACGACGAUGACGACUGCUCGUCUCACGCCAGCUCCAGUGACUGGACGCCUCAGCCGCAGAUCGGCUCGUAUCGGUUCAUCCAGCAGCACAUCAUGAGAGGAACCGACCCCAGGGCCAUCCUGAAAGACCUGCUGCCCGAGACGGUGCUCCCUCCGGACCUGGACGACAUGACGCUGUGGCAGAUCAUCAUCAACAUCUCGGAGCCGCCCAAGAGGAAGAAGCGCAAGGACAUCAACACCUUAGAGGACGUGGUGCGGCUCCUGAGCGAGAGGAAGAAGAUCCUGGUGCUCACGGGAGCUGGGGUGUCCGUCUCCUGCGGGAUCCCAGACUUUCGGUCUAGAGACGGGAUAUACGCCCGGCUCGCCGUGGACUUUCCCGACCUCCCUGACCCUCAAGCCAUGUUCGACAUAGACUACUUCAGAAGAGACCCGAGGCCUUUUUUCAAGUUCGCCAAGGAAAUCUACCCGGGCCAGUUCCAGCCGUCUCCCUGUCACAGGUUCAUCUCGAUGCUGGAUAAGAAGGGGAGGCUACUGAGGAACUACACUCAGAAUAUCGACACGCUGGAGCAGGCGGCUGGAAUCCAGAAGAUCAUUCAGUGCCACGGUUCCUUCGCGACUGCCUCCUGCCUCGUCUGCAAGCAUAAGGUCGACUGCGAAGCCGUGAGGGAGGACAUAUUCAACCAGGUCGUCCCUCACUGUCCGAGGUGUCCGUCAGACGUCCCGUACGCCAUCAUGAAACCAGACAUCGUGUUCUUCGGCGAGAACCUUCCAGAGUUUUUCCACAGAGCCAUGAAGCAGGACAAAGACGAGGUGGAUCUUCUCAUCGUCAUCGGCUCCUCGCUGAAAGUUCGGCCGGUGGCUCUCAUACCCAGCUCUAUACCUCAUGACGUGCCUCAAGUUCUGAUUAACCGCGAGCCGCUGCCGCACCUGAACUUCGACGUGGAGCUGCUCGGAGACUGUGACGUGAUCGUGAACGAACUCUGCCAUCGUCUGGCUGGAGACUUCGAGCAGCUGUGCUUCAGCUCGUCCCGUCUCAGCGAGAUCACGGAGAAGCCGUCCGCAGACGCCCAGGGGCCCGUCGCAGAGGACGUCCCGACCGCCGAAUUUCAGAACUCGCCGGCCCCCGAGAACGAGGAGCCGCAAACGGCGUCUUCUCCGGCACCGACCGAAACCGGCGCGGACCGGUUAGAGCCCGACCCUAAAGAGUCGGAGAGGACGGCGGCAGACGCUCUGGACGCUGCUGAAGACCUGAAGGAGGAAGAACCGGCAGAGCGGCAGCUCGGAGAAGUACGGAGACGGUGCUGGAGGAGCCGAGUCUGUCAGAGUCCAAUCAGUAAGCGACUCGCAGCCUCUCAGUACUUGUUUCAAGCGCCGAACCGCUACGUCUUCCACGGCGCCGAGGUGUACUCGAGCUCGGAGGACGAGUCGUCCAGCUCCUGCGGCAGCGACAGCGACAGCGCAGACGCCUUGGAGCGAGACGACAGCGAGGCGGAGGAGGACGGAAACACAGAGGCCGUACGGGACAGUGAACACAAACGCCUUCGGACGGACACAGACCUACAGGCCACUCAAUAACUCACUAGCCGCGCUCAAGUCUCUUUUAUAUAUUUUUGUAUUCCCCCGUUACGUCUCCUAAUGCAUGCGACCUCCUCCUUUCGUUCGGCUCGCCAACCUUUCUUUCCUUUCACCGCCGGCCUUUUUGUAUUUUUGCAUAGCGUACGUUUAACUCCGGGGAAUGUUUCCGCCUGAGAAUCGACCUCGACGCGUGAUCGGGGGGGAAAAAAAAGAAAAGGGAAUGAUUUUCAAACCAAAGAUCACUUUCUCCGUAUCGGCUUCUUGUUUUUCUUCACAAGUUCCUUGUUGGAUCCGCUCAGUGUUUCCAGCAUGUGCACCAAACUGUGGCAUUUUCAGACAUUUGGCAGCUACGGUCGAAGUCUUUUAUACCCAGUAAAGUUUGAUAGCCAUCGAACUGAUGUUUUCCACUUGUUUUAAACCUACAGAAAGACAUUGUUUACAUGCAUUCGCGUGCAUUCCUGUCCUCGAGCACUUAGUAAGUUCUGAAUCAGGUUUGAUGUCUGUUCCUGCUCUCGUCGACGGCUUUACGACACUGUCCGGUCACGAUUCGUGCUACCCUCGUGCACUUGAUGCGUUUUUUUUUUUUUUUUUUUUGGUUGUUUAUUGUGCAUUUCAUUUCCUCGAUGUGCAAAGAUAGGAAUGUCCACGUCAGGUUUUUGUGUUUACGCAGGAAAAAAAAGCGAAAGAGUAAAUUAAUACUUUUGUCACCAAAUACUUGACAAAUGUAGCAUUUCUGACUCUCUUCACUCGUCCUUGAGCUAAACGCUGUACAUAAUGCAUGCACGUUUUAAUGAAGAAUGGUAGAGACGUAUUUUGCCUGGUAAUAAAACCUUCGGGAGUUUGCAGAACGAACAAUUGAAGCGGUGUUUAAGUAGAAGCUGCGUUUUUAAACGAUCUCCUAAAGUUGCAUUUUUAAAAAUACAUGUACUGCGUUCUGCGUUUACGGCGUGUUUUAAUAAUUGCAUAAGUUUAUGUAGUUUAUUAAAGCGGAUUUCGGCUAUAGUUUUAAGUUAAAGGAGGAUAAGAGUCUUUAAAAGAGCGUCUUGAUGAACUGCAGGCAACCAGCAAACAUUUAGUGUUAUUACUAAAUAAAUAAUCCUUGAUAAAAUCCUUGAUUAAAUAAAUGACUUUGUAGCCUUA